AGUGGAGGCAGAAAAUCUAUGUAUGUAUAAAUAUAUAUGCAAAUAAAUCUGUACAAAAUCUGAUCCAGCGAUGCAAUAAUUACUUUGCUUGAAACAAAUUUAAAAAAAGGCAGUGUGGGGAGGUAUCUUUGAUUCCCUUGUCACCAUCUCUCUUCUGAACAACCCUUUUUUUCUCUGCAAGUGAAAGAAAAAAGCUUGGGGAUUGGCAAAGCUAAACUAUAUAUCUCGUAUAUAUACACGGGUAUAAACAUAUAUUAGGCUUAAGAACUAUGGGUAGCAAUUAUUAUGGAGAAGCAAACAUGGGAAAUGAAAGAGGAGGAGGGUCUUCAAGGAAAAGUAAGAAGGAUAAGGCAAAGCAACCCCAAAGAGGGCUUGGUGUUGCUCAAUUGGAGAAGAUAAGGUUAAAUGAACAAAUGGGUUAUCAUCCUUCAUUUCAUGGUCCUUACUCUUCAAAUUUCAACCAGGAAGAUAUGAGAAUGCAGCAUCCAACUGGUUAUUCAUCUAUGGUAGCAUCAUCUUCUUCAUUUUCGUAUUCAUCAUCUUCAUCAACUUCUUCAGCUUCUUAUGGUUUCCACCCUAGCAUAAUGAUGGGGCUUAGUGAAUAUGAUCAAAGAGCAAACAUCAGUUAUGGUGAUUCCCAACCUAGUACUGCAGCAAGUUGGAACCCUGGCAGUGGCAUCUUAGAUGCACAACCAAACAUGACCAGACAGCUUUUAAACCUACAUGUUGAGGAUUUACAUCCCAAAAAGAGCAAAUCAUUGGGGUCUAGUAGUCAAAAUUCUGAAUCAAGUGAAACACAAGAGUUAGAUUUGGAGCUGAGAUUAUCACUGUAAUCAGUAAUGUUUUUCUACCACUUAAAAAUGUUUUAUGCUUAUAUUUCCUACCUUAGAAUUGCAAGUUUAUAAUAUGGUCUUGCAAUUUAUAGAUACAACUUGAGCAUAAGGAUGAACUUGUUUUGAAUCUUGUGUAAAAAGGAAGGUAGAAUAUUGAGUUGCUGCUGCAUGAGAUAUGUAGUGAUAAUUUGAUCUUUAUGUUCAUGAAUUUUCAAGGAAAUUAAUGAAAAUUUCAAUGAUUAAA